GAAACGGGUCUCUAGUUUUAACAGAAAUACAUUAAUCAACAAACCUUGUGAGAGAUAGAGAGAGAUAAAAAGGCCGAUCGAAAUCAGUAUUUAUUUUAAAAAGUUAAUUUUGCAAGAGAGACGGAUACCUGUUUUGUGAAUUGAUAUUCUUCAACUUUCGAUUCAAGAACAUCAUUUUAAUUAGCCUACAAGAAAGAAUUUAUUUAGGUUACAAUGGGUUUAUUUUUAUCGAAGAUUGUUGAAGCUUUAACAGCUUUUAGCGGUAGUGAUCCAGCCCGUAUAUUAAUGUUAGGAUUAGAUGCUGCUGGUAAAACGACUGUUUUGUAUAAGUUAAAGUUAAAUGAGACAGUCUGUACAAUACCUACUAUAGGAUUUAAUGUAGAAACUGUCUCACCUGUUAAAGGUGUAACAUUCACAGUAUGGGAUGUUGGAGGACAAGAAAAAAUUAGAACUUUAUGGAGACAUUAUUACCAGAACGCACAAGGUUUGGUAUAUGUUGUUGAUAGUGCUGAUGUUACCAGAAUGGCCGAAGCUAAAGAAGAAUUACAUGCUAUAUGUAAAGAUAUCCAAAUGGAAGGUGUACCUGUUGUCAUAGUAGCCAAUAAACAGGAUUUACCUGGAGCGUUAAAAACAUCUGAAAUAGCUGAUCAAUUAGAUAUGAUGUCAUUCCGAGAUAGAAAAUGGUAUGUUCAAGGAUCUUGUGCUAAAACUGGAGAAGGAAUCUAUGAAGCUAUGACUGAAAUGGCCAGAUUAACAAAAUUAUUCCAGAGUAAAAGAUGAGGGAAAUUUCAAAAUAUUGAUUUGUGUGUGUAUUAAAAACAAUGGAUUAAGUCGGUAAAUAUGAGUGCUCCUGAUUCAAACCCGAUUGAAUAUUUUUCUUAUUCUGUGAAGUCAGGACAUGUGUGUAUUUCGUGAAACAUUUAUUGUGUGUAAAUUAUUGGAUAUUUGAAGCCCAUCUUUUCCCAGAAAGAUCAUACCAUCAAUGUUGAUUUAAAUUGACAAAUAAUUCAUGUUUUCAGUGUCAAAGACUGUAGAAUAUAUUCAGAUUGAGACUUUGCUAUAUGUGAUAAUAUUAUUAAGAUCAACAUUAUUUCACGAGACAAUUCAGAUUUAUCAACAACCUUAUACUUCGAGGAGCCGUGUGUAAUGAAUGUGUGUUAAGACCAACAUUAUUUCACGAGACAAUGCAGAUUUAUUAAGAACCUUAUACUUCACGGAGCCUUGUGUAAUGAAUGGAACGAACUGAAAUUGAUAAAUAUGUCUGUGAUAUUAUAAAGAUCUAUAAUAAUUUGACGAUAAUUUACAGCCUUAUUGAAUUUGUGCGCUUGCCGUUUAGUCAUAUUGCACAUAACCAUAGACCGUAUUAUAUAGAUUUAUAUAAAGUUCAUGACGUAACUAAAUCUAUCAACCGUAUAACUGGUUCAUAUUCAAUGUUUAAGAUAUCUUACCUAUAUUAGCCUUAUUGAAUUUGUGCACUUAUCGUAGUCAUCAUUGUACUAAACCUAUCAACCUUAUAAUUUGUUCAUAUUAAAUGUCUUACCUAUAUUUCUAUGCAUUAUUUGAUUACAUGUACUUUGUAAAUAUUUCACAGGUAAUUUAUACCGACUUAACCUAUCACCCUUAUAAUUGGUUCAUUUUGAAUUUUUAAAAUAUCUAACAUAUAUUUCUAUGUAUUAUUUAAUUUGUUGAUUAAUUUGUAAAUAUUUCGCAGGUUAUUUUUUAUUACUUAUGUAUAUAAAAUGACUGAAUAUAAUUCACUCUGUAUAUAUAACGUUAAAGAUCCCUUGGCAGUUGGAAUUCGCUGUA